AUGUCCGAACCGAUCAGAAGCAAGAAGCCGGAGGUGACUGCCCCGACCCCUCAGAACACGCCUGCGAACAAUGCCCCUAUUUCCUCCCACGCCCAGCAACCUGGCAUCGCCAGCAUUAAAGAGGAGGACCUCGACCGGGUGGCCGCUGCCUCCCUCUUCGCGCAGAACCCCAAGCUCGUCUCCAUGAUCCAGGGAAAGCUUGGAUCCAUCAUCGGUCGCUCGUCCGGCUACAUCGAAUCCCUCCCUGCCUCUGUUCGCCGCCGUGUCGCCGGCCUCAAGGGCAUCCAGACCGAACACGCCAAGCUCGAAGCCGCCUUCCAGGAAGAAGUCCUAGAGCUCGAGAAGAAGUACUUUGCCAAAUAUACCCCACUCUACCAGCGUCGCGCGGCCAUCGUCGUCGGCAAGGCCGAGCCCACCGAUGCAGAGGUCGAGGCCGGCAAGCGUGACGAGGAGGACGAGGAAGAUGACGAGAAGAAGGAGAACGAGGAGAAGCAGCUCCCCGUUGAGUCCGAAGAGACACCUGCUUCUGGUAUCCCAGAGUUCUGGCUGUCCUCCAUGAAGAACCAGAUCUCGCUCGCCGAGCUGAUCACCGACAGAGACGAGGGUGCCCUCAAGGAGCUAACGGAUAUACGCAUGGAGUAUCUCGACCGUCCUGGCUUCCGACUUAUCUUUGAGUUUGCCGAGAACGAGUUCUUCACCAACAAAACCAUCGCCAAGAGUUAUUACUAUCAAGAGGAGAACGGCUAUGGUGGAGACUUCAUCUACGACCAUGCUGAAGGCGAGAAGAUUGAUUGGAAGGAGGGCAAGGACCUGACUGUCCGGAUAGAGAGCAAGAAGCAGCGUAACAAGACCACCAAACAAACCCGCGUCGUCAAAGUGACCGUCCCCACCGAAUCAUUCUUCAACUUCUUCUCCCCACCCAAACCCCCACAAGAAGACGACGAUGACGUUGCCUCUGACAUUGAGGAGCGUCUCGAACUUGACUACCAGCUCGGUGAAGACAUCAAGGAGAAGCUCAUCCCCCGCGCCAUCGACUGGUUCACUGGCGAGGCCCUACAGUACGAAGAGCUUGACGACACGUUCGAAGGCGAGUUCGAGGACGAUGACGAAGAUGAUGACGAGGACGACGAUGAUGAAGAAGACGAGAGGAGGGGUGAUGAUGAUGAAGACUCUGAUGAAGAAGAUGACGGUUCAAAGCCCAAGAAGGAAGCUACUGAAUGCAAACAAAGCUAA